GAUAAUGAGAGAUCAGGCAAACAUGACAGGAAAUGAUCCAAAAUGGAUCAUUUUUGACGGCGAUAUAGAUCCGAUGUGGAUCGAGUCAUUAAACACUGUCAUGGAUGACAACAAAGUGUUAACUUUGGCUAGCAACGAAAGAAUCGCUUUAACAGAACACAUGAGGCUUCUCUUCGAAAUUUCAAAUCUUAGGACAGCAACGCCAGCUACUGUUUCUAGGGCAGGAAUUCUUUAUAUAAAUCCACAAGAUAUUGGGUGGUAUCCAUUUGCAACCAGCUGGAUAGAAACAAGAGAUCCAGCUGAGAGAGCGAACUUAACCAUUCUGUUCGAUAAAUAUGUACCAUCCCUUGUAGAAAUGACAAAAUCUAGGUUUAAAAAAAUUACGCCAUUACCAGAAAUAUGUCACGUGGAAAUGCUUUGUAAAUUACUGGACUAUUUUCUGAUUAAGGAAAAUGUAACACCGGAUUGCCCAAAGGAAUGGUAUAAAUAAGACCUAAACAGUACUAAAAUUUAUAUACCCUUAAAAGAACUCGUUAUCUAUCGACAUUAUCAAUAAAUAUUUCAAAUGAAAUUUAUUGUAUUCAAGGGAAUUAAUCAGAUGAAUAUGUUUUGAACUUUUUGAUGAAUUAUAUUUUCUGAGAUAUCAAUGUAACCUUCAGUUUUUUUUAAUAAUAACGUAUAUUUUUUUAUUGCUUACUGUUGUAGCCUCUAGAAAGACGAAUUUAGCAACCUACGAAAAUGACCUUCAGUUGACCUCGAAUUUCAUAACGAAACGAUUUGUGGAGAACUUGAGUCGAUCUUAGGAUCGAUACAGACCUUGCUGAGGGCGGGAUGCAGUUAUUACUUUCCAUAAAUUUUCGCUACAUUCUGAUAUUCAAAGUCAACCAAAAAUGACAUUACAUUAUAGAUCGUUGAAUUCGUUUUUUUAGCAACUACAACAUAGAAGAAAAAGAUAUGCGGCGUCGUUUGAAAGAUUCGACAUAUUUCAAAAAAUAAUUCAUUCAAAAAUCGGAAUAUAUUCAUUUGAUCAGUUCCUUUAAAUACAAUAAAUUGGUAGUAGCAUACAAUUCAGUGACCAUCAUAGAUUUUUUCAAGCUGCAACAUAUUGAUAAAGACUAUUUAAAAAGAUGAAAUAUCAUUAAAAAAGUGUCACAAAGAAUUCUAAUUGUAUAAACGCAAAUUAAGUAACAGAAAGUAAACAGGAAACAGUUAAGAAGGAAAUUUAAUUUGAUAUUUGUUGAUAAUAAAUUCGAAUAACUAAAAAUAACAAAUAAAAAAUAAUUUAAAAGAAUGAAACUUAAUAGUCAUAUGUAUAUCAUAUAUAACUUAUGUUAUAUAUCAUAUAUAACUUAUGGCUCGCUAACCUCUCAAUUUUUGUAUCACAAUUGUAAAUUUCACUUGUAGUUUUAAAUAUGUUGUCAAUUAUUAUUUUGUAGGGUUUUUCCUAGAUUGAGGUUAGUUAAGUUUAAGUUUAGUUCUAAAGAAAAAUUAAAAGUACAUACUCAUAAUUGUCGCGACACUUUCACUAACAUAUUUGUAAAAUUUUUCUGAUUGGAAUAAGACCAAACACGAUGUAAUUUAAAUUUAGGAUUGUGCGAGUAACCGAAAUUAUGAUCUCGGGUCCGGAUCCAGAAAAUUUAAGGUUAACUUGUACUUGAACUAAGUUUAAGGUUAAUUUGUACUUGACCUAAUUGUAACUAUUUAUUGUAACAAUUUAAAUGAAAUUUCAGUGUGUCACUGUUUUUUAGUACACUUAAGCAGUGUUUAGGUGCAUGAUAACAGAAAAAUUAUGUUCUGAAUCGAACCUCCGAUCCCGAAUUGAAAAUCUGAAAUUGUAAUCGGCUCAGAUUGGGACCCUUGAGGAAACUUUGUGACCAUAUCAGUAUCACUCUGUUUCUCAAUUUUACAAUCAGAUUUUGUACUUUAACUUUAAGAUUCGAAAUGAUUUUCACAUUUUUCUGCAAUAAAAAAGAGAAAAUCGCACGGGAGCGUUAUAACCUAACCUGAUCCGAUUACAAUUUCAGGUAUCCGAACAUUACAAACUUCUGGGAUUGCAACCCGAUCCCGAGUAAAAUUCGCACACGCCUAAAUUAAAUCAUAUUUACAUAAUAGAAAUUACAAACUUAAUAGACAGAAAAUAGGUUAAUGUCACUAAAUAAGGAAACAUGUUCCAAAUUAUAUGGUGUCUGAUCUUGCUUUAAUCAGAAAAGCCUCACAAUUACAUCGGCAUACGUUUUAUUCAACAAAAAUGAAAAAUAAAAACGUUUCAUCGUUGCAUUAUUAUCAUCUCGCCGAUAUGCUUUUUUUCUCUUUAUAAUAAGCCGUUUUCACUUUCACUCACGCUGUCCUUUCUUAAAAUUCGUAAGAAUGAUGGACCGUACCUAUACUUAGCAUCGAUUCCUCCCUCGAUAAACGUCUGGCUCGUAUCCCAAUUUUUGGGUGCUAUAGAGGAAUUUACCGCAUUUCUUAUCGUUCUUAAAUGAUUUUCUAUGUCCUCAAUGCCUUUCUACAAACAGGUACGAAUUAUACUUUGCAUUUGCCUGUAUUUGGGCGUUCGGAUCAGCGACCUUUCAAGAUCAAUUGAUCGAUUGGCGAAACGAGUUCAAUAAGUGGUGGCAAAACGAAUUUAAGACUAUUAAGUUUCCUACUGGCAGCAACGUAUUUAAUUUUUUCAUCGAAAACGAAACAAAGAAGUUGGUUCCAUGGAGUGAGAAGAUACAGGCCUUUGAACUGGAUCCUGAUAUACCUCUCCAAGUUCGUUUAAACAAUUUUUCAUUAAAAAAGAAAUUCUUUAGAUAUUAAACAAAUGUUAGAAUAAGAUAAUUUAAGUCUUUAUUCUUCGACUCGUUUCUAGAACUUCAUCGUUUCUUUUUACUGAAAGAUCUUUAUUAUACAAGGAAUUUCAUUUUCUAAACUAUAUGUUAUUCGAACAAGUGUUUCAAAUAAAACUUGUUCUGUUUCAAGGAGGAUGUCUUAUGACAACUGUAAGAUUUGUCCAUGUGGAGGACUUUUCAGUAUCUCAAGGUGAUCUUUUUUUUGGAUGGAACUGUAUAUUUUUUACACAGUAGAGCUUGAAAGAUAUUUCAGUACUAAUUUCAUGAAAUUGAGUGUAUAGAAAACCAGUAAAACAUAAAUAUAAAAGCGUUAUCUUUCCUUGUAUUUAAUACCUACUUUUGCAGAGAAUUAAAAAACGCAUCAAAUGAUAUAUCAAAAAUAUAUAUAUAUAUAUAUAUAUAUAUAUGUCGGAGAUGGAAGGAAAGCCGAAGCCUUUCCUUGGAAAUUUUGGGAACAUCCUCUAGUACCUUAGCCUAGAUUUUAUUAUAGUUGUAAUUGCUUAAGAUUUGUAAUAAGCGAGAUUGGGUUCGAGGUGACAAUCGGUCGCUGAACGUAGCCACGGUCACGGGAUGGAUGUUUUAUCUAACGGAGGUCUGGAGUGGUUGUAUGUGUUUUCCGAGAAAUGUGGUUGUGGCGGCAUGCGGCCUCGAGAGCGGGCCGAGCCACGUGUGAUGUUGCCUCGGAGGUGCCGAUGCAAUGGUACAUACAUUGUAUUAGUAAUCAAAACUCCAGGCAGAAACUGCCUAGCAACGGCGUUUGGAACUUUCUCGAUGCUUCCAACGAGUGUGCCUAGCAACGGCGUUUGGAACCUUCUCGAUGCUUCCAAACGGGUAUAGAAAACAAAAUGCAAUCGUACAGGGAGAAAAAUCUCCACGAGGCUGGCAUUCUUGCGAUUGCCUUGGAGAGUGAUACAUCGAGCAUUUUCAACGAUCGCAUUUGCGUCUAAGUUAGUUUCGCUUAGUAAGGAGUUAUCCCGGUGACCGUGGAUUCGUUUGAACUCAAACAUUGCUAAUAGUAUUAUUUAAUUUAAUUAUUCGUAGAUCGUAUUAUUCGUUAGGCUCAGUGUUUGUUAGACUUAUUAUUAGUUGUACUUAUUAUUUGUUAAGCUUAGUGAUAGACCUGUAUAUACGUGUAAAUAAAAUCUCGGCUUUGUGAAACGAUGGCUAGUCCACAUGAAGAGUCGUCGCGCGCCCAAAAUUCGAAUCGUGACCCGACA